UUUAACAGGUGGAACGACAACACAGCAUUUGUACUAGCAACCUGAUACAAACACAUUCUUACUGAGGACUUUUGAGGACCACCUGCCAAAAUGUCUCGAGCACCGGAGGACGUAAACAAACUCACCGAAAGCACUUAUAAGAAUGUAGUGGAGCAGUUUAAUCCAGGGCUACGGAAUCUGGUCAACCUGGGGAAGAGUUAUGAGAAGUCAGUGUCAGCAAUGAACUUGGCUGGAAAGGCAUAUUUUGAUGCAGUCUCAAAGAUUGGGGAAAGUGCUGCAGUAUCACCAGUUUCAAGGGAGCUGGGUGUGGUUCUGGUUGAGAUUUCAGAAGUGCAUAAGAAGGUCCAGCAGGAAUUAGAGGAAUUUUUUAAGAAGUUCCACAGGGAGUUAAUCUCCGAACUGGAAAAGAAAACAGAUAUGGACAUCAAAUACAUGAAUGCCACUUAUAAACAUUACCAGUCAGAACACAAAAUUAGGCAAGACUCUAUAGAAAAAUCACAGGCUGACCUGAAGAAACUGCGCAGAAAAAGUCAAGCAAAGCAUUCAUCCAAGUAUGGUGUCAAAGAAAACGAGUGUCUGGAGUCCAUCACAUCCCGACAAACAGACAUGCAGAGGUUUAUUGCAGAGGGAUGUAGAGAAGCCCUGCUGGAGGAGAAGAGGAGGUUCUGUUUCGUAGUGGACAAACAUUGUGCCCUUACCUAUCAGCUAGCAGCCUUUCACGACAAGGCCAAUAAGAUACUGACUGACAAACUGCCCAGCUGGCAGGAAAAGUGUACAGAUGCCACCAAGGUGCCAGACACAGUGAUUACCAUGAUUGAGAGCCUGCAGACUCCAGUGCCAAGAAUACCCGAGUCCUCGUCUAUGGUGGAGCGCAGAAACGGAAACAAUUCAGUGGACCUGCCACCAGCCCCGCCCCUCAAAGCCCACACAAGUCCACUGGCCAACAUGUUCAACCAGGAGGUUCCCAGAAGCCCCAUCUCAUCCGAGCAGUACUCAGAUCAAGACAGCCUAGAUGGAAAUGGCAUGUCCCGGUCUACAUCAGAGUCCAGUGGGAUGGAUAUUGUAAAGAAAACCAGGGUACAGACUAUUUUCCCCCACACAGCAGGAAAUAAUGAGACUCUUCUAGGCUUUGAUGAUGGCGACAUCAUUACAUUGCUGAUUCAAGAGGAGAGAGACGGAUGGCUGUAUGGAGAACUAGAACGUAAUGGACAACGGGGCUGGUUUCCUUCAUCUUAUUGUCGAACUUACAACGAGCCAGCCAUCGGAAACAGCAGAGUGGAGAGCCCGAUGCGCAGCCUGACUUUGGUUGAUGGUCCACAGCAUCAAGAGGAGGUGGAGGAACCCAUGCUGCUGCCCCCGCCUGACUACAGUGACUCAUUCAGGGACAGACCCAUCAAGCCCUCCACCCCCUCUCCACAGAUCCCGGUGCCGAAUGGUAACUCUGUGCCUCCUUUUUUAGGGGAUGGAAAUGUAUUUUCCACAGUGAAACUACGACCCACCGUCACAAAUGACAGAUCGGCCCCGAAAAUUUGAUGAUAGUGGACCGUCCAUGGGCUGAUGUAAAUUUGUGUCUGAGAGGUGGUUUGAUUGAAGAAAUGCAGACACGGCACCAAACUAAAGGAUUCUGUUACAGUUUAUUUUUAAUCCACAGCAGAGUUUUUAGACGGGGGCACACUUAAAUUUACAUGAGCCAUUAUUUAUAAGAUAUUUAGACUUUGAUUAAAUUAUUAUUGUUUUAACUGGAUUCAUACACUGAGUUUUUAAAAUAAUGCAACAGCUCUUGACCCCUCCACUUAACGAAUAUCUAGUUUCUGACCAUAUUGGUCCUAUGUCUAAAACUAGGGCCUUGUUAAGGUAAGCUGAAGUCACAUAGGUGGUCUAAUGUUGAAGUAUUGCAGUCCCAAAUUGGAAACACAAAACAGCAAAAUCUUCAUUUCAAAUUCUAGUGAAGUCGUGUGAGGUUUUACUUUUUUGUUAUUACUUCAUCAUGCCAGAUGCCAAUGUGUGUAUAUGGAUUCAUAUUAGCCUGUUUUUAUUAUACAAUACAAUAUCAUUGUUUUUUGUUUAUUGAUAUAAUACUUACUUAACAUUCUAUACUUAAUAGGAGGAAAAUGUAAAGUGUUAAGUUUUUGUUUUUAUUCCUCAUCUUGUAAAGUAAAGCAUAAAACAGGAAAAAUAGCUGCACAUUGUUGGAUUUAUCUGGAGAUCAUCUGUAAUUCAUGAGCAUAUUUACCUUACUGAGAGAAACAGAUGUUUGGAUCUUUUAACUAAAUGCUGUUUUUUUAUUAUAAUAUAUUAAGUAUUAUAAGGUUGUGUACAUGUUGCUGUUGCUUGCAUGUUAUUAAGUUGGGGAAACGUUUCUUUCAGACAUCUUUUUUUGUUUUGUUGCAAUAUUGAUUUAUUGUCCUGUUUUCUGACAUAUCACAUUACUCUGAAAUAAAGAUGUAUAUGAAUAUACAA